AUGGCGACUACCGGAGUAAGUGAGCGGCUUAAGGAGCUAGCAGCUUUCCUAGAGCAUCAACAUGCGGUAGAAAGCAUAGAGGAGACGGUAGGACAUUUAAAGAUCGAGAUGGAGGACGCUAUGGGGCGCUCACGUGCCUCGGCGCAGCAGUGCACGAUCCUGUUGUUCCAGAGCGUAGAACCACCUAGUUUAUUAAAGUUCUUGAGUGACAGCGCUAAUCUAGACGUCGAUUCUCGCAAGCGGGAGAUCUCAGUGGCUAGAGUUAGUGUGUUGAGUCUUCUAGUGUCCUUUUUGAAGACCUACGGAGCCCAUUGUGCACUUUCGAAGCAGCACGUGGUGGACAUGUAUAAAACCUGCCAAGUGACGGCACGGGCUGAUCCAUUUAAUCGUGUCAAGGCCCAUGCACUGAAGGUGGUGAUCAACGUGCUCAAGUACGCAGACAAGAAUGUUGAUAGUGAAGACAUGAAGCCGAGAGAUUACGUGGAGAAGCUGUUUUACGAUAUCAAAUUCUCAAAGGCAACACAAACGGCAAAAGAACAGAUGUUGCUGGUCAUUGGCUACUUGGUGGAAAAGUUUUCGAAGGAGGUGGAAAGUUCUGUGCCGUCGUUGUUGAUUUGGACUGAAGACGCGUUGGAGAAACAGUUUUUGAGCAAUUCACCCGAGAUGAUGACGGUAAAUGGACUGCUGUUUGCGCUAACUCGUUUGCUAGAAUGUGAUCCAGGAAGAUACACACGAAACGAUAGCCAGCGCAAGAAAAUUUACUCAUAUUUGCUCACAGUUUUUGCGACAACAGUUGGCGGUAAUUUGUCACGCUACCAGGUAACAAAUUCGUCAGCAACGUUUUUAGCCAAGCAUGCGCGGGUCUUUCAGCAAGAAAUUGGUCCAAGUGGUUAUAUAUGGUUUUCAUACAUGAAGUUUUGUUGUUUGAGCGAUAACAAGACGAUCAAAAAGAGCGCAUUUAGUUGCUCAAGCGCGAUCUUUGAGGCUCUAAACGCAUUUCUGGUGGACACAAUUGAUGACAUGCGCAAGAAGUGCCUGAACAAAAUUUUGAAAGAAGUUCUUCCUGUUGUGAGCAAUUCUGCUGCUGACACAUCGACGAUGGCAUUCGCAGUGCAAUGUCUUGGCUGCCUCGCACAAUCGAUUCAUUGUUAUCUUGGAGCAAAAAGUUAUGGUAAGAUUGAAGAGAAGCUUAGAACUUUUGGUGAGUCCCUUUUGGCGCUGGAUGCUAAAGCGACAGCGUGGAAGUGGCCUCUUUUUUUUCAGUAUGUACAAAGCAUUGGGCAUUUUGUAAAAGAGCGUCACGACGUUCGACUGGAUGAUGGAUACGUCAAGUUUUUAGGGGACGUGUUGUGUCAUCUGAUGACAGCGUACCCACAAUGCCUUUGGAAGUCAAAAUUGAUGGUUCACAAGUCGGUUGCUGCGUUACUUUUUGCUUUGUCACGUUGGACGGUGGUAGAUCCUUUGGUUGAUCGCUUUGUCCUCCACACAUUGAUGUUGAGUAUUUCAAAUGCUACAGAUCCAGACCAACCGGUAAUCUAUCAUCCCGAUACGGGUGAGCUAGUGACAAACCUUUUAUACGAUUAUGAAGGUUUUUGGCUGGCAUUGCUUUGCUGCCACACGGAAAGUUUGGUGGAGCCUACACCUGUUUUGAUUGCCACUCGGAGCGAUGAUGUAGAGAUGAAAAAGCCUACGCACGCUGGGAGAGCGCUCCAAGUCAUUCUCGUUGAUUCCACCAUCAAACACGUUCUUGCCAUUAUCGAUCAGCUUGAUCUUUCUUACAAAUUCGAUUUGCAGCAGAAGGCAAACUACGGAAAGAUUACGGCUGGCUAUAUACCUGCUGUGCCACGCGACCACUCGAUUAUGCUCAACCUGACGGAAUUUUUUGAAAGAGUUGUUGGAAAGAUUUCGAGGCCCCUACUGCUUCCAUGGGUAUCAUUAAUAAUGCACGAGAUCUUUACUAUUGCAACGAAGCUACCACUGGUUUCGUGCUUCUAUCGAAUUGGAGCUGUGGUUGUUAUGAAUGUGGACGGUCUAAAAUACUUUGAUACAGUGGCGAGCUGCGACGGGUCUGAUGAUGGUCGGCAGUCUCGCUUUCGUGAUGAUUUGGCAAAUUUCGUCCGUAGAGUUUGUGACCAAACACGUUAUUACCAGGACGAGCUACUCGUGACGUGUGCUGAGUUUGUCUUAAUGUCGCCAAUAGGAUUAAUUGCUCUUGAUACCAUGAUUGACAUAGUGAAGUCAAUCUUGGAACUCGGUAGGUCGUACCUUCCUGCUGCCACUGUUGCUGUCAAAACGUUGGAACGUUGGCAAAUGCAGUGUCCGAUGAAGCUAGAAGAUGUAAUGUCCGAAGUUGUCUCGCAGCUGUCGACAUACCUUGACCAAGAAGAGUUUAGUGAUAGUGAACUUUUGUUGAUGAAAACGAUUCGAAGGGGUGCGCUACGUACAGACAUUGACGAGUCGUCUGAGCUUGCCCAACUGCAGCGUCGUAUUUUGCUGCUACUUGGAAAGUGUGGGGGUAAAGUGUCGCUUUUGAUGAGCGAGCCCCCUGCCGUUGUCAAUGAUAGUAAUAGCAUGGGGUGUAUUCCGUCGCCUUUCUUUCAGUUAAAGCUCCAGCUUAGUGAUGUAUCACUAUCACUAGCAUUGGACCCCAUUUUAUCGCAUCUCGGAGAUUUGGCAGCCCACAGUUCCGUUCGACGCGUGAAAGUCAUUUCAAGCGAAGGAUAUCAUGCCUUGAUUUGUUACUUGUGUGGAACGACAACGACGCAUCCACACGCAGCUGGGAAGAAAACCGUUUUCUAUGACAUGUGGUGUAGAGUUUUUACGCGCGUUGUGCGCUUAGCUACGGACUCCGAAAAAAUUUGCAGGUCUCUUUUCGAGCCAUUGCUUUUCCAGCUGCUUCGUUGGCUGGCAAUAAAUUUCGACACAUUUCCGUUUGAGUACGCAAGCAUGUUGGACGAGUUAAUUCGCUGUUUGUCGGACUCUGACUCGGCUGUUCGUACGAUGUCUGCUCGGUGCAUUGCGACACUUCUUUUUCUGGCUAUUGAAGAUGCUAAAGCGCGAAUAGAGGUCGAUGACUUGUUUGAGCGAAUUUUUUCGUUGUGUCGCCAUCCAGGAGCUAUUCAACGCAGCGGAGCUGUAGCCACGAUUAGCUAUUUCCUUCAAUCACUAAGUGAAGAAAAUGGGGCGGUUCUGACAGAGUUUGCUUUACCAUGUCUGAAAAAUCUUCUCUGUGCGUUGCGCUUGUGCGAUAACAAUUUUCUGAAUACGAACGGUGGAGUUGAUAUAUCGCAAGAUGUAAUUUCGAAAGCUGUGAUGAAGAUUGAACGCGGAAUAUUUCGCUUUUCCCACUUGUUUUUGAAAGAAAGUACUGCAGCACGACAUGAUAGUGCCAUGACUAGUGAUACAAUCUUUCAGCAAACUACUAUUUGGCUCUUUCAGCAGACUGGGGCACGUGAGAUCUUAUUUCGUCGGCUCUGUAGACAACUUUUCAUGUCAUUUAGUGCAUUGAUUUGUGAGUCGAGCAUUGAGUGGAUGGAGAAGUAUGCGUCAUCACACGGCAGAGAAUCUAUCACCGCUGUGCUGAUGCCAAUGAGUUUGCUUGCUCGAACGCUACCUGACGUUACAAUUGAGUGGAUGGAGCAGUUGUCUGCAUCUAUUGAGAGCUGUAUUUGGUGCAUAGAGUUGCUUGGCGACAAGGCGGAAGACUUUUUCGCGCUUCGUUUGCAGGAUCCUAGGCAAGAAAGCAUGAAGCGAAAACACUCGCCUAAUCCGACGGACCGGCAAGGUCAAAGUUGUUUGCUGACACUUUCACGGGCAAUUACGACUUUGUUAAGGCACGAGGGUCCCUGGGAGAAACAAUUUAAGCGUUCGCAUUGGAUCGGGUCAUAUCUAUCUGUUAUGGUUUCGCUAUGCAGUUACAUGAAAUUAUUGAUGAAAAAUAAUUGCAACACAAUGUUUCUGGAAGUUGCAGACGUGGAUAACCAGGCGUUCCAAGCUGGUAUAGUGAAGAAACUCCUUUUGACUUUGCUUCAUCGCCCUGAUUCGUGGGCUAACGAUGCAAGCGCAUUCGACAAAAUUAAAGAAUUUUGUACUCGUGCGGUUCUGCACAGUCAAGACUGGGCUCGUCAAGUGCAAAAAACGGUAGAGGAUAUACUCUCAACUCUGGCGCUCUGUUUUACAAACAUGAAUAGCUCUGAGGAUUUUCUCAAGCAUUUGAGUAAAAUUGAGUCCUUAGUUUUCUUUGGAAGUGAGGUUUUAAGUGCUGGAAUCACCAACUUUCCUAAGGAAGAUAAAUUCGCAGCAAUGCUGGCUAUGGUAGCAAGCAAAUCGAUAAAAUAUGGACACGGCUCAGCUGAAAGCCGGCUUGUAGCUGUUGCAGCAUUAAAGGCUGCAGCAGCUUGUGGCUGGAAAAUUAUCGACAUCUUUGCGAAUAGUGGUGAUCGACAAUUGUAUGGGCCAGUGCUCAGCGACGUGAUUCAAUUCAUUCCUACGCUUACGGUGUGGAAUAGAUGCGCUAGCGAGUUGGUCUCACUGUCGCUAAAAAAUGGCUUUGUCGCCAACAUUUUAGCUGACGUUUUGCUGCAAGUAGCUGCUUGUAAAGUCUACUCGACCCAGUCAACCGAAUGGGAUGCGUUUGCGAAGAUCCUAGUGGUGAACAUGAAGCAAUUAGUUAAGAUGCUGGACGUUACCAAAGUGGACACCCAACAGACUCUUUCUAUGCUACAUAUUCUUCGAUACUUUUUGGAACUAUGCAAACACUGCUCUGAAGAUCUGCUGGUAGCCGCACGCAUUGGUCCUAUUUCCGAUAUUCAACGUGCCAUCAUCGAUUUGCUCAAGCAUCGUGGAUGUAGUUCUCUAGUUAAAGCUGAGAUUUUGCGUAUACUCGCUUCGCUGGGGCCUACUUCAAGUCUAGUGUCAUGUGAGCAACAUGCUUCGAAUACACUAGAUGCCCUAGUGGCGUUUAUUUACGACGAAUUUCCGAUUGUCUCCACUGAUGUCUCGCGCGGCUCCAAGGAAUUUGAUGUGUUUCGGUUGCUGUUUUCCGAACUACUGAGUGUCAUUGAGCAAAGCAAAUCGAUUGCUUACCUCAAAAUUAUUUAUCCAAGCUUGAAAGAAGGAAGCAAACAUCUUUUUGGUGCAGAAAUCAAGCUGAUGCUAGCAAGGUUUUCAAGCUCGCUUGGCAGCAGCGUUCAUGUUGGGAGGACGACAAACCAAGAAGUGGUACAAAAUCAGCUGGUAGAGCUCUUGGAUGUGUUGCUGGAUCCCACCCUGGAUGUUGCCAUUCGCAAAUCGCUUCUUGAGUGGGUAUUCACGCCCUUGACUGAGUGCCAGAGUGGUGACAUAUUGCAGCACUUCUAUACCAUGAAAAGCACUACAAAAAAAACAAGUAUUAUUUGCUUACUCGCGGCCUUGAUUUCCACUUCGGCUGAGGCCACGUCAGAAGGAAGUCGCAUUGGCGUGUUUGUGGCAUAUUCGUUGGUGGAGGUUUUGUAUCGCCUCAUCGAUCCCGAGAUUAUUCGGACUGAUAUAAACUCAGCUUUUUUAGGCCACAAAAAUGGCAAGGGUCGCGAGCUUACAAUGCUUGUUUGCAAAUGUGCCAGCAAGGUGGUAACGAAGGCAUACGAAGAUGUUGACGAUCUUACUCGCAUGACAUGUUGUGCCGCUUACAACUGUCUACUUGUCGCUGUGUCCCGGACUCAAAAACAGGAGAAGUUUUAUGAUCAAAUUUUAUUUCAACCCGCUCUCUGGAGCAAUAUUCUUGAUCUCUCGCGUGACUACGAUUUGCCUGCCGAGACAGAAGAAUUUGCUACAAUACCCUUAACAAGCUUAUCAGCGAUUACGCUUCAAGCAAGACUUGACACGAAUUCUACGACAAACCCCAGGAGAAACACAUCCGCUGCACUUCAGUUCUUCACGUCAAGUAGCUUAAGUGUAGAUCUUGACACAUUUACUGCCUCUGCGAUAACGGCACCAUUGGAUAUCGAGCAGGCGGGUGAUAUAUAUCCAACCGUUGAGAUCGAACUAGAUGCGCUCAAUCAGCACCCUUGUAUGAUUUCGUUGCUGCGUGUAUUGGUGCAGAUGAAGGCAGAUUUUGGUUCUGGUUGGGAUGACAAGACAAUGCCUGGCUGGAUGAGAAAACUUUUUGAUGUAGUUGUUGACCAGUCAGUGGGCCUAAAUGUGCGUUUGUUCUUGGCAAAGGUGGUGUUGGACAUUCCCGAAGUAUUCGUAAUGUACGGUUCCUCAUGGUUAGGUGCAGUGAUGGAAGCAUUACUCGACGUGAAUGCCGCACAAAAGGUUUCAGAGUUGAACUAUGUCUUGCGUGAUUGUUGCAAUCUCGUGCUGAAUUCGUGGAACGGUGUGGUACCAUCAGCUGUUAUGGACAUUCCCAGUCGUUUUAUCAAUGAGCUAAUCAAGCUUUGUCCAGUGCAGAAUAACAUGAUCCGGGACAGUAACGUGCUGCUUGUGACACAGUUAAUAGCGCUGUGGAAGGAUUCGGUACAUAUUGAUAUGAGUUUACUGAUUAACUACAUAAAUGCUGACGACGAAGAUACAAGAAUAAAAACUGCAAAACACUUUACUGCCCUCCAAAGUCUUAGUGCGAUGGUAAAUGUUGGCCUCGUCCAUAAUUUAACAUCAAGAGAUGAUGAGCGACAUAGAAUUGAAGAUGGAAUUUUGCUGGUGAUGACAAGUAAAGCAACCGUGUUGUAUACCCUUGCAGCUGAGGCGGGCGGAUUAUACCUACAAUAUAUAGAUGACACGCUGGGCGAAGACUUCAUGAGCAAACUGAAAAACUUGAUCAUCAGUUCGUAUGACGGGGAAGAUUAUGGUCGUUUCCUUGCUUUACUUCGCAAUGCUUCGAUGCAUCAUCCGGAAACUAUUGAUUCGAUUAUGCUACAUCGUCUGUCUUUCGUGCUGCCAAAAGCUGCUUCAGUGGAUGCAUGGGCUUUGCUGGCAGCUGAUACUCUGAUUAAUGCAGCUGCAAAUGCUUAUGUUGCCAAGGAAGUAUUUGCUCAUGUUCAACCCACUUUGGGGCGCUUGCUCGGUCACCGGCACGCUGCUGUACAGCAUAGCACUCUUCGAGCUAUUUCUCGUCUUUUGGACUGUCUGACCUUGCCUGAGUUGGAACGACUGGUAGCAAAUGGAGCUGAAGGGGGUCUUAGCUUAUUUAAGUGUUAUGAGGAUCAUGAGUUUUCAGCCUGCAGAGGGUUACUAUUUACCGUGGCCAAAAAGCUGUAUGACAAGAAUCUAUCCGAGCACAUAAAAGCUCGAGUAAGAGCUUUUCUGUUAUGUGGUUUAUGUGAUCCAGAUGAUCAGUGCAGACACGAGGCUUUCGAGCAUUGGAAUACUUCAGAGGCCAUGGCAACUUCUUGCAGUGAUCGACUCUUAGCAAUCUUCGGUUCAUUAUACUCACAACAGUUUGACGAGAAGUGGGUACUUUAUGCGACCAAUUUACUUGUCGGAAUGUCCAAGAAGAGCAAUGAUUUCAAGCGACCGCUGUUUCCAGCCGCAUUGGGAAGCGGAGAGUACGCUGAAACAUUUAUUGAUUCGACUUGGAAUGCAAAGUCUCUAUCUAUGGCGCCAUUGUUUUCUGUGGAAGCUGAAAAAUUAAGUGCUUGCCCCGAGUCAAUACAAUCUAGUUCUGUAGGCGAAACUUUAUCAUCGCAGACUGUAGGCACUAUACAGUCCCAGUUGUUUCUUUCCAAAUCAGCAUCCGUUGGGAUAGCGCCAUGCAACAAUCGAGCUUUUGAAGAACUGGACACCGUACGGCACCAUGCUGGACGAACGCGCUUCUCCAAACGUCAUAUGACUGUUGAUAAUGCCCCAGAGAGAAGUGCGUUGACUCAUGACAAGAAAGUGUCACAGCGUUUUUUCCAAGAUCACUAUGCUAUGCUGAAAAAGAAGCAGGAGGCUCACGUCAUUCGGGAACGAAGACAACGGCAGGGUCAAGUGUCGCUUACACGGACGUAUCGAGUUGGUGAGUUUCCUGACAUUCAGAUCACACAGCGAGAUUUAGUGGAUCCUAUCAUGGCACUCUGCGAGUUUCACGCUGAGACAUCGAGCUUGAUGUUUGGUGCUAUGUUUUCGACAAUUGUGACGUCCCCUGAAUUCGAAAAAUCGGGAAACAGCAGCGAGCUAGCGGAUCGGCUCGAGAGGACAUUGACCCUAUCAAAAGCAUCUUCUGUAUAUGUUAGCUGCGUUGUAUCUGCGUACUUAGCUGGUAUUGUCAGCAGACCACGGCUUUGUAAAAUGCUUCCCAUUUCGCCUAUCGUCAUUGGAGAAGCAGGCCUGUCAAGCGAGAAAUAUUACCUUGGCGAGCUAGUGCUGGAGGAGCAGCUGAUUUACAGCAUCCAGUGUAAUGACAUGAAUCUGAACCGAGGGUUUCACGAAUCAAUGGCAGCUAGUUGGGAUCUAUUGUACAAGGUGUUGAGAACAGUACACAAGAAUAACUUUCUUACAGCAUUAUUGAUGACGUGUACCACAGCAAACGAGUACAAGCUUGCACUUGAAGCGCAAUUAUCUGGAGAUUUGUCACUUGCUAUUGCGUCAUAUAAAAAGGCAGAAAGCGUUUUGGAGUCGCAAAUGGAAUUUGAUGAUAGUAGUAACUCUUCUCAUGUCCCUGAGAACAGUGUUAUGCGAUGCCGAUGGCAACGACUACACUGUUUGGAGACGUUAAACAGUUGGGAAGCGCUCAAAGAUGAGAUGUUUGAUGCGGUCGAGAAGGAUAGUGAAUUUAUUUGGAAGCAGCGCUCACCAUAUUUGGAGCAAGCAGUCGGUCACUACAUGCGUUGUUGUUUAGGUUUGUCUCAGGCAACACGAACCGACCAAAUAGAUACCCUGACAAGCCUUCAAAACUUCAUUGAAGGAGCCAAGCAUUAUUCGACAAGGCGAGAGCUUAUUCAGUCGAAAUUCCCAGUUGAAGUGUGCUUGGCGUACCUGUCAAUGGGUAACACGAACGAGGUUCGCGUUUGCGUGGAAACAUUUUACAGUAACUUUCUCAAACUGUGGAAACAAACUAGUCCGGUAUCCUCGUCAUCGCGUUUGGGAUUGAUACAAUCGUUAUCGUCGAUAGUGGAGAUUGAUGAACUGCUGUUGCGCUUUGGAGACGAUCGACAAAACAGUUUCAAACAAGAGCAACACAAUUUGACGGGUUUUAUAGGUGCGUGGCAAAAAGUGCCUCCUACCACUGGUGAGGACGGAAUGCUUUAUUGGUCACAGCAUACUAUGGUACAAGACAGCAUUGCGGGAUUUUUGCUGGACAGUGGACGGAGUCAAGACACACUUUCUGACGACAUGCGAUUGACUGUCUUGACAACUAAGAGCAAAGCAUUGCUGCAAUAUGCGAAUGCAGCAAUAUCGUGCAAUAUUUUGGCCUUGGCGUCUAAGUUGCUGAAGAGAUACCGCGAGCAUUGCAACGCUUACCAGCUCCCCAAGCUUAGCGUGGAGAUGGUUGAGAUGUUUGUUUUACAUGUGCUUAAAUUGGUCGAUCGCCAAGAACACAGCCGUGGUCUAAAUUCAAGCUCGCUAAAACUGAUUACAAGAUACUACGAUACGGCCACGAAUAUGUUUGACAACGUGGAAGUUAAGAACAUGAUGGAAAUAGCGAGCUCAAAUGAUCAAGUGGCAAUGCGUUACUUAGAGGCAAAGACUUUUGCGAGUGCCGCUGCAUUUUAUGCCUUCAAUGACGUAGAUGAGCACCUAACGAAAGAAUACUUUCAACGCUCUCUCGAUAUGUUCAAGGUUUCCUGCCAGCAAAUUGACGGUAUUUCGAGAUAUACACUGGAAGAUGGUGCACCAGCUGCGUUUUUAAGGUGUCGACUAACCUUCAUUGAAUUUCUGAACGAUCUCCUUUUCAAGCAGAAAAUGGAGACAUUAGCAAAACUUGCCGAGCGGAAAGCAUUGACAAAGCUACUAGCUGAGAAUGUUUUAGGAGGAAUGGCCACUGGUGAUCGGGAGUGUGCCCACUACUUUCCUGAGAUGUGCGAUCUGAUUGCUCCUUACCCGGACGUUGUAGGAGAAUUCGAGAAGUACGUGUUGACUAAUGUCCCACUCUGGACCUGUCUACAAUGGUCGGCACAGCUAAUGGCAUUGCUGAGUGGACCAAUAGGAAAAACGAUUCUUUCGAUCUUGGAAAAGAUGGCCGAACAAUACCCAGUUGCACUUUUUUAUGACUUCAUGGUCACAUGUAAAUCUUCGUUGGAUAGAUUCAAAAUCGACUUGCACCGUCUAGAAGUAUUGCUGGCAAAUACGAUGAUGGAGAAAUUCGUUACAGCGUUGAGAUUAAUCCACCACCCGGAACUCCGCCUCAAAGAAGGAUUGCGAGAGAUUGCGAAGCUUUUUGAACAAAAUCGGACACCAGAUGCACACCAUAAGGUCAAACUUCUGUGGAACGACUGUUUCUCGCCUGAUCGCCCGCUACUUGGUGACCGGAUUGGCCGAUACAACCGCAACUGGAGCCGAAACGCUAAACGGGAUGUUGAAAAAAUCAUGGGUAAAGAUGGCUCCAAGAUGACUGCAAAAACGGUGGCGUCCGCCCGCGAGUGGAUCAAUAGCCAUUUUGGUGUCAUUCCCGGUAGAUUCGGUAUCACUAAGGACAUGAAGGCACAUCUCGGGGACUUUGCGGAAUGGCUCGAGGAGUUUGACCAUUCGAGCUGCUAUCUAGAGCUCCCCGGGCAGUACACUGCGCACUGGGGUCCACCAAAUCCGUCUACGCAUAUACGUAUCUUGAGUUUUGAUUCGAUGCUUGGAGUUCUGUCUUCAAAGCAGCUACCAAAGAGACUAGUUUUACACUGCAGCGAUGAGAAGGACUAUACCUUUCUUGUUAAAGGAGGUGAAGACUUGCGCCUUGACCAGCGAAUUGAGCAGCUUUUUGGGGUAAUGAAUCAGAUACUCGAUACCGAUCCCCGGUGCCACAACCAGAGACUUUCCCUUAGAACCUAUGGCGUGAUUCCAAUGACACAAGAAAUUGGUAUUGUUGAAUGGGUAAGCGGCACCUCGACUCUGAAAGGCGUGAUUGAGACACAGCUGCAGAUUGAUGAACGCUGCACCAAUCUCAAAAUUAACAAAAGGCAGAAAUUGGAGCUUUUCAAUACGACUGCUGCGAAGGCGUACGAGUCCUUUCUUCUAGAACAGCGUGGAGCAAGCUUUAGUGCAAAAGUGGUUGCCCCUCGUUCAAAAGACGUGGUGGACCAGUUUGCGAAAGUUCAAGCAAUGAUUCCAGCGGAUUUGUUGCGGCGUCAGCUGCUCGGAUUGGGCACGAGUUUUGAGGCCUUCUUGCUAGUUCGAGACAACUUUCUGAAAUCGCUGUCAGUGUUUAGUGCAUGCUCUUACAUAUUGGGUAUCGGAGACCGCCACUUGGACAAUUUUCUCUUUGAUCUCGCAAGCGGUCACAUCAUAGGAAUCGACUUUGGUGUGAGUUUUGGUGCCGGUGCUAGUGUGCUUCCUGUCCCUGAAUUGAUUCCAUUUCGGUAUACGAGACAAAUGGAAUUUGUGUUUCAGCCGUACGACGGCACUAAUCUGCUUUCACAGGAGAUGCAGGUAGUAUUUGAGGCGCUGCGUGCGAAGCGACAGGUCAUUGAGAGCGUGAUGAACGUUUUCCUGCACGAACCACUGUUGGAUUGGCAACAGUCUACCACAACUCACCAGAAGACCUUAUUCGAGACUGUCGAAGGCGAUGAUCGAUCUACUAUAGAGGACAGCAGCGAUGUAGAUAUGGAGGAAGCAAAAGAACCUGAUUGCGGUCGCGUGUCCCGAUCAGCCAAACGGAUGGUAGCAUCUCAGGCUGAGGGCAAGAUAGCUACUGUGUGGUUACCUGAUAUCAAGAUUGCCAUCGCACGAAAGAAACUGGAAGGCGUGUCGCCUGCACUGCUAUUGAAAGAAGAACUAUCGCAGAACUCGUAUCUAACACAGCAAAUUAGCAGGUUUCAUGCACUGAUCGAUGCGGCGAGUGUCAGUCAAGACAGUGAAAACGAAAUGAUAACCAUGAGCUCGCUAUCCCAAGCACAGGAGCUACUGACACUGGCUACAUCACCAGAUUUACUUGGUCGUACGUUUCAAGGAUGGAUGCCGUGGCUAUAG